AUAUCUAUAUAUUUCAAAUUAGAUUGACCAUGAGUUUAAAAUUUAUAGCUACGAUAUUGUUUUGUCUCCUGUUCUCGUCAGCUUUUUCUUUUCCAUCAAAGAAGCAUGAACAGGAACUUGUCGAGUUUCAAGAAAACCAACUUUCAGAAGAGGGAAGAAUAAUAAUGCGUAAAAUAGGAUUGCGCAUGUUGGCGGAACUCUGUCUUGUAGAUGAACCAGAACCAACAAUUUAUCAAACUAUUUGCAUACCGGCUUUAGAAAAUGAGAGAAAAGCCAAAAAAGGUAUAGUUGCACGUUCCUGCAUGUGUGCCGUCGCAGAUCCAGUUUGUUUUGCAGCCUGUCCAGUCUAAUUUUGUCAUCAACAGAAGACGAUGGAUUUUCUCUUCGUGUUUUCUGUAUUUUGUCAAAGUCAAAUUUCCAAUUUUUUUUCAAUGUUUAAUUAAUUGGUAAUAUUUGCGAAACUUGAAAUUGCGUUUUUUUCAAUAAGUAAUAAAAAUUUCGUUA